UUGGUUGUUUAUAUUCGGCCAUAUUUUGCGAACAACCUUCCAUGCUUCCGGUCGCAUCGUUACGCUUCGCAACGUGCGAAGUUCUUUCAAACAUUUUCGCAUAUUCACUUAAGAAUUUAAUUGAGCAUUGGAACGUAUGUAGAAGUAUGUUGUGUGUGGGUUUGUGCGAGUGUAUGUGUUAAUUGCCUUGAGUAGGGUAGGGGUUUUGCGAUUUCUGGUUUCAAGUAGCCAUUUAUUUCAGUCCUGAUGCGUCGCUUAAAGGUGACCACGUUUUACGGAAAUUCCCUGUACAGCUGUCGUGAAACGGGCGCCAUACAGUGUGUUUGUUUUGUUGUUGUUGUUGUUGUAUAUUUUCUCUCUCUUCCAUCUGAUUAAAAAUAGCACUCUGCUCAAAAUCCCCACGUAAUUAAAUCCACAAGGAGGGUCCCUGUAGUGAGCUGUACAGAACACGGUUGCUCUUUCAACUUAACUGUUGUAAGCGUAACCAUAGGGCAGUGUUGUAUUAAACAGUUAUUGUGAGUGUCUUUAAAAUAUAAACAAAUCAAAAAUAGGUAGACAAAACUGGAAAAUAGUGUUUAAAGAAAGGAACCAUUCCGUCAGAAUGCACGUGUUAAUACACCUGCGCAGCAAGCAAGUGAUUGGAACGAUUAGCAUGUUGUGUUUGGCAUACCUACUAAUAAUCGCACAGCUCGCAUCAGCUGCGACGGAAGAAAAGACAAGCCCAGAAACGCCAGAUUCACCUUACGAAACACAAACUGCGCAAUGUACGAUCACUUCUGGUGAUAUCGAAGCUAGUGCUCAAGCUUCCAUUAGCAAAACUCUCGUAGGUGUAUGUGGCACAGAUGAAAUGUUGGACGCUUUUCGAACCUUGGAGUUGAAAAUGCUUGAAGAGAUGUACAACCUGCGGAAAAUGAUAAGGGAUCCUUACUUUACUCCUCCUCCGUUACGUCCAUCUGUUUACAAAUCAAUAAAAAGAACCACUACAACAUCGAACACAUCGUCGAACACAGCAUUACCACAGUCCACCGCAGAAAGGGCAGAAGGAUCACAAAUUGCCAAAAACAAGAAUGACUUAUUAUCUGCAUCAUCAACAACGACACCCUCCGCGCAGGUUAUCUUUCCCGAUGAUAAUUAUGACGACAAUUAUGAAGACAAUGUACCUGGAAGUGUCUCUAAGAAAGGAAAUAGUGAGCUGGUUAAAUCAAUGCACGGAUUAAACUACACCUCUACGGCGUCACGCAUAUCGCUCGAUGAUAAAAAAUCAUCUUCAGUUUCCUCACCCAUCGACUUUAAACCCAUCGACAAACCUACCGAGACCAAGUUCCUCACUGGAGGACUGCGAGACUACGAAGUGUACCGCUUUAACAACACCGUCAUAUCUUCGGGCGAUGCAAAAGUAUUUAAAUACUUUUGGAAAAUUGAAAACUUUAUGAAGCGGGUUCGUGCCAGCUCUAACGCUACUGGAGCUACAUUCUCCAGUGCGGUGUUUGUGAUUUCCGGAUUAAAUCUGCGACUACACGCUAAAACAACGAUGACAUCGAAUGGCGAAGUGGUGUACGUGCAACUAGAGCAGCUGUUAGCUUCCGAUGAUGCACUAAGGAAGACGCCGAACGUUAUUCUAGCUUCUGGAGCCCAUUACGGACAAGUGGAAACGAAAACAUUCUUCCGUCAUAAGAUUAUGAUCCUCAACCAAGACAAACCUUUUAGUGAUUUAAUCUCCACAGAUCUUACCAACACUAACGCUAAAUUUGAGGCACCACUAUCAGCAUUGACGGCAGAACCUUAUCUUAAGGACGAUAAGCUGCUAAUUAAAGUUAUCAUUUUCCUGUAAAAUAACUUUCAUUGCUAGUCAAAUAUAUUGCAUCAA